CUAUGGGCAGGAGGCGGGGUGAGUGAAACCAAAGACCGAGCACUUUCGCGAGCAAAAUACGCCGUCACGCUUUCCUGGUUUCAGGGUAGCCGAAGACCUAGAGAGUUUAAGGGUGGCAAGAGCAGGUGGCAGGGCUCCGCCCACCACCACCACGCAUCCCCUCCUUCAGCGCGCACGCUUCACUCCCUCCGUGAGGUCCCGCCUCUUAGGCGAGCGCGAAGAGUUGCCGCGCGAUGCAUUCUGGGAAUUGUAGUCCCGGUGCAGGGAGUCGCCUCAGGAGAAACUGUUCUGGCCUACAUAACCCAGGGUGCCCUGCGGCGCAGGCCGCUCCCGGAUGUGUGCCUGGCGCCGGAAGAGAAGACAGCCCCCCUCUCUCGGCCCGGCCAUCUUGUGGGAAGAGCUGAAGCAGGCGCUCUUGGCUCGGCGCGGCCCGCUGCAAUCCGUGGAGGAACGCGCCGCCGAGCCACCAUCAUGCCUGGGCACUUACAGGAAGGCUUCGGCUGCGUGGUCACCAACCGAUUCGACCAGUUAUUUGACGACGAAUCGGACCCCUUCGAGGUGCUGAAGGCAGCGGAGAACAAGAAAAAAGAAGCCGGCGGGGGCGGCGUUGGGGGCCCUGGGGCCAAGAGCGCAGCUCAGGCCGCGGCCCAGACCAACUCCAACGCGGCAGGCAAACAGCUGCGUAAAGAAUCCCAGAAAGACCGCAAGAACCCGCUGCCGCCCAACGUUGGCGUGGUUGACAAGAAAGAGGAGACGCAGCCACCCGUGGCGCUUAAGAAAGAAGGAAUAAGGCGUGUUGGAAGAAGACCUGAUCAACAACUUCAGGGUGAAGGAAAAAUUAUUGAUAGAAGACCAGAAAGGCGACCACCUCGAGAACGAAGAUUUGAAAAGCCACUUGAAGAAAAGGGUGAAGGUGGCGAAUUUUCAGUUGAUAGACCGAUUAUUGACCGACCUAUUCGAGGUCGUGGUGGUCUCGGAAGAGGUCGAGGAGGCCGUGGACGUGGAAUGGGCCGAGGAGAUGGAUUUGAUUCUCGUGGAAAACGUGAAUUUGAUAGGCAUAGUGGAAGUGAUAGAUCUUCUUUUUCACAUUACAGUGGCCUGAAGCAUGAGGACAAGCGUGGAGGUAGCGGAUCUCACAACUGGGGAACUGUCAAAGAUGAAUUAACAGAGUCCCCAAAAUACAUUCAGAAACAAAUAUCUUAUAAUUGCAGUGACUUGGAUCAAUCAAAUGUGACUGAGGAAACACCUGAAGGUGAAGAACAUCCAGUGGCAGACACUGAAAAUAAGGAGAACGAAGUUGAAGAGGUAAAGGAAGAGGGUCCAAAAGAGAUGACUUUGGAUGAAUGGAAGGCUAUUCAAAAUAAGGACCGGGCAAAAGUAGAAUUUAAUAUCCGAAAACCAAAUGAAGGUGCUGAUGGCCAGUGGAAGAAGGGAUUUGUUCUUCAUAAAUCAAAGAGUGAAGAGGCUCAUGCUGAAGAUUCGGUUAUGGACCAUCAUUUCCGGAAGCCAGCAAAUGAUAUAACGUCUCAGCUGGAGAUCAAUUUUGGAGACCUUGGCCGCCCAGGACGUGGUGGCAGGGGAGGACGAGGUGGGCGUGGACGUGGUGGACGCCCAAACCGUGGCAGCAGGACUGACAAGUCAAGUGCUUCUGCUCCUGACGUGGAUGACCCAGAGGCAUUCCCAGCUCUGGCUUAACUGGAUGCCACAAGACAACCCUGGUUCCUUUGUGGACCCUUCUGUUCAAAGCUUUUGCAUGCUUAAGGAUUCCAAACAACUUAAGAAAUUUAAAAAAAAGAAAAAGAAAAAAGACUGUCAUUCAUACCAUUCACACCUAAAGACUGAAUUUUAUCUGUUUUGAAAAUGAACUUCUCUUGCUACACAGAAGUAACAAAUAUGGUAGUCAGUUUUGUAUUUAGAAAUGUAUUGGUAGCAGGGAUGUUUUCAUAAUUUUCAGAGAUUAUGCAUUCUUCAUGAAUACUUUUGUAUUGCUGCUUGCAAAUAUGCAUUUCCAAACUUGAAAUAUAGGUGUGAACAGUGUGUACCAGUUUAAAGCUUUCACUUCAUUUGUGUUUUUUAAUUAAGGAUUUAGAUGUUCCCCCAAUUAUAAACUGGUUUUAAAUAUUGGACAUAUCGGUUUUAAUACCUGCUUUGCAUUUUCACACAUGGUCAACUGGGACAUGUAAACUUUGAUUUGUCGAAUUUUAUGCUGUGUGGAAUACUAACUACUUUAUGUAUUUUAACUUAGUUUUAAUAUUUUCAUUUUUGGGGAAAAAUCUUUUCACUUCUCAUGAUAGCUGUUAUAUAUAUGCUAAAUCUUUAUAUACAGAAAUAUCAGUACUUGAACAAAUUCAAAGCACAUUGGUUUAUUAACUCUUGCUCCUUGCAUGGUUCAUUAGGUUCAAAUUAUUACCAAUUUAUAAUUUCAACUAUAUUUACUUUUCAAAUGUAUGCUUUUCCCAUUUUAAAAGCCAAACUAGACACCUUGUUGGUGAAAGUUGUCUAAGCUACUUAUUAUUGAUAGACACAUCCUGUCAAGUGAAAUAGUUUAAUGGAUAUUAAGUUUUUACCCUCCAGCAGGGUGGGUAGAAUAAGUUGAUUUGGCUGAUGCAUAAUAUUUAAACUCUUCUGUAAAAUAAGUGUCUGGCCACACGGUAUGAUUUGUGUCUGUGAAAGGUCCCCAAAUCAAAAUAGUACAUACAUAAUUGGUAACCCUUUAACCCUUCCUUGUUCUAAAGAAACCAAAGGGCACUGGUUAGUAUGGUUAGAUGGGGGAAUAUUUUAAUUUUUGGAAUUUGGAAAGCAGACAGCUUUACUUUAUAAGGUUGGAACAGCCGCACCAUCGUGAAAUAUAAACCAAAAAUCUUUCUGUUUCUGAAUUUCCUAUUUUGCUCUUAUUUGGUCUUAAGUUGAUAGAUGAAUAUUUGUUUCACAGAAAGUGAUGAGUAUCUUUCCCCUCUUCCUCUAUUAGAAUAUUAGGUUAAUAAUGGAUUCUUUGAAUGGGAGCAUCCCCCCCUAUUAGAACAUACACAGAGAGGACGAUCAAUAAAAUAGGUUUUUUAGUUUUUGUUUUUUUAAUUCUGCCACAUUUAUUGGUAAGCAGGAAAGGAUUUUUAUUUAAAGUUUUAAGACUGUUGUCCCUCAGUUUUAAGUAAUCGUUUACAUAUGUCUGGUAAUGUCCAAUUUUAAAAAUACUGAAGAUCUUCAGUCUUUAGUAUGUCUGCUAUUUAGUUGAUUGAUUCUCACACUUCUAAAAGAGAAAAAUUGUACCGUACAAGAGUUAUUCAUUUGGAUUAGAUUUAUUAAUCUAAAUUACCUUCUAGUCUGACAUUUUAGGAAGGAGGUAAUUGUUUUUUAGGGAUGGAUAAACUUGUGCUGGUGUUUUCGAUCUUAUGCUGAGCAUGUUCUGCACUGGUGCUAAUGUCUAAUAUUUACAAACAUACCUGAUACCCAGAGGCAAGUAUUAAUUUAGUCCAUAUGGACUAUUGACCCCUCUUGAGAUUGCAACAUACCCACUCCUAAAUCAGUGUGUUUAGACUUUGAAGUAUCUAACUCAUUUCUGAACAUGUGACAUGUGUAUAAACCUCUUGAUUUUCAGCAACAUGUUAUAGAAAGCACCUGCUAUUAAGAACACAAGUUAUACUCACUGUCACCCAUUGCUGUCACGGGAAUAAACAGCAAUAUCUGGGAUGUUGCAAGCUUUCUAGAUAGCCUGAACUUAAAAAGUUGGUCCAUUAGUUGUAUCUGAUAUAAAUUUGCCUCCUAGUUCACUUUGUGUCAAGAGCUAAAACUGUGAACCUAACUUUCUCUAACUGGUGGGUAAUAACUGAAAAUAAAGAUUUAUUUUCAUGCUCACUUCAUAAAAGUCAUAAAAACCAAUAGG